GAACCAAGCAGCGUUGCUGCCGCCGCCGCAGCUGCAACCGGAGUUGGAGGAGGGAGAAGCCAGGAAGAAAAUGGCGGCUGUGGCUGCAGAGGCGGCAGCGACUGCAGCGUCCCCCGGGGAGGGGGGCGCCGGCGAGGCCGAGCCGGAGAUGGAGCCCAUCCCCGGCAGCGAGGCCGGCACUGACCCCCUCCCGGUCACGGCCACUGAAGCGUCCGUGCCGGACGGCGAGGCAGACGGGCAGCAGUCAGCUCCUCAGGCCGACGACCCGCCGCUCCCGCCGCCGCCGCCGCCGCCAGGGGAGCUCGCCCGCAGCCCGGAGGCAGCGGGGCCGGAGCUCGAGGCUGAGGAGAAGCUGCCCGUCCGAGUUCCGGAGCCGGCGGCAGUUGCUCCUCAGGAAGGACCCGACCUUCCUCCCUCCCCUGCGCCGCCCGAGCAGCCCCCGGCUCCGGAGGAGCGCGAGGAGACGCCGCUGCCCCAGCCCGCAGCCCCGGCGCUCGUGCCGCCGGCGGGCGGGGACUCCGCGGUGUCGCAACUGAUCCCGGGCUCAGAGGUGCGGGUCACGCUGGACCACAUCAUUGAGGACGCGCUCGUCGUGUCGUUCCGCCUGGGGGAGAAGCUCUUCUCAGGGGUCCUCAUGGAUCUGUCCAAAAGGUUUGGGCCUCAUGGGAUCCCUGUGACAGUAUUUCCCAAAAGGGAAUAUAAGGAUAAACCGGAAGCCAUGCAGCUGCAAAGUAACACAUUCCAAGAAGGGAUAGAGGUCAAGCGCGAAGUGAAUGGUGCUGCUCUUGAGGAACCUUCUCCUGUCCCACCGCCUGAGCUGAACUUGGCUGAAAGCUUGUGGACUUCCAAACCACCACCUCUCUUCCACGAAGGAGCACCUUAUCCUCCCCCUUUGUUUAUCAGGGACACAUAUAACCAAUCAAUACCUCAGCCACCUCCUCGGAAAAUUAAGCGACCCAAACGAAAAAUGUACAGGGAAGAACCCACAUCAAUAAUGAAUGCUAUUAAACUACGCCCCAGGCAAGUCCUAUGUGAUAAAUGUAAAAACAGUGUCGUUGCUGAAAAAAAGGAAAUCAGAAAAGGUAGUAGUGUAAGUGACUCUACUAAAUAUGAAGACAAAAAGCGGAGAAAUGAAAGUGUAACUACUGUGAACAAAAAACUGAAAACUGACCAUAAAGUGGAUGGGAAAAACCAAAAUGAAAGCCAGAAAAGAAAUGCCGUGGUUAAAGUUUCCAAUAUUGCUCACAGCAGAGGCAGAGUAGUUAAAGUUUCUGCUCAGGCAAAUACAUCAAAAGCUCAGUUAAAUACUAAAAAAGUGCUCCAGAGUAAGAAUAUGGAUCAUGCGAAAGCUCGGGAAGUGUUGAAAAUUGCCAAAGAAAAGGCACAAAAGAAGCAAAGUGAAACCUCUACUUCCAAAAAUGCGCAUUCAAAAGUCCAUUUCACACGUCGCUAUCAGAAUCCUAGCUCAGGUUCCCUUCCUCCCCGGGUUCGUUUAAAACCACAGAGGUACAGGAAUGAAGAAAAUGACUCUUCUCUGAAGACGGGACUUGAGAAAAUAAGGAGUGGCAAGAUGGCGCCCAAACCCCAGUCCCGCUGCACCUCUACCCGCUCAGCAGGUCUCAACAAAUGGCAGCUAUUACAUCAGACAGUGACGAGUCCUGCUGCUCCCUAACAGUGUCUGACAGACCACUGUGGAUUCAGACUGGGAGCAUUGAAGUUAACAGUGAAACGGGCAGGUCUGUCUGUCUUAAGCCCUGCCACAAAGAGAAGAGGCACAAAGACAUUAGCAGGCUGCUGGUUUCAUGGACCCGUACCACAAUGACAGAGAACACCAGAACAUCAGGACGGAAGGAAAUUGGAGAUUUUAAAAGCUGCACUAAGAAGUAAAUGUUAAGGCAGUGGUUAAAACCAACAGUCUAUAAAGGGGCACUUGCAAAUUGUGCUAUAUUAAGCUGAAGAAAAGGUAUUAGGGAAUAUUUUAUAACAAGCUAUUGCAAUAAAAUAUGCAUGAGAUGAGGAGAAAAGUGAUGUGAAAUAUACAUAGAAGAGCUCGCUUGAAGAAUGUGAAGUUUAUAUCAGUACAGUUUGGAAAGGCCCAAGAGGUGUGGGAUGAUAGGGAAAUAUUGAAGUAUUUUUCAUACUUAAACUUUGUGCUUUCUCCAAGGUUUAGUCAGUUCCAACUUGAGCAAAGGUAUUUCUAAGAUGGCUUGCCUAUGAAACAGCAAUGGUCACGUAUGCUAAGGCCAAUGUUUCCUUCAGUGUGCCAGGAAAGAGGAUUCAGCAUCCUGCAGAGAGGAUGGCAAAGUGCCCCAGCCCACUCCUACCCCACCCCACCCACAAAAUGGGGAUCUUUUCCUUCUUGAAUAAAGCAGGGCUGUAUUUUGAAUAUAUGUUUGCUUGUUAGAACAUAUUAAGAUGUAUUUAUUUGCCACUAGUAUUUAACAUUUUGUGCACAUUUUCAUUAAUACAUUCUUUCAUAUUUUGAUUCAAAGUGGAUAGGCUAAUGUUGAUCUUGGAGUUAACAUGUACACUCUAAGAACUACUGAGCUGGGAAACUUAUUGUUUCUGUCCUUACUGAUUGAUCUUGUUCAGAAAAGGUGACAACAUCUGAAUUUUGAUGUGGACCUCUCCCCAAGGAGCCCCUCCUCUGUGAGCUCAAGGGAUUCUCACAGAUAUCAGGUAGGAUGUGGUCCCACAGCGGGUGAAUAGCAGAACAGAUCCAUGGAGAGAUUGUCACACUUUUUGUGCAUGAAACUUAAGUUCUUAAUAGAGACCAUAGUUUUUUUCUUAUAUUUGGUAAAUACAUAUUCUGAAAAGUCUUUUCUUUUUUAAUGAAUGGAGAAAAGAAGAGAAAAACACAUGGACUUGUUAGUACUACAUUUUUAAGGCAUUUUAUAUUUGAUGGUGCUGUACUUUUAAUAAUAAAACUGAGGUUUUUUAGUGGCAAUACUGAUUUAUUUUUUAAACCAGAAAGAUAAUCCAUAUUGAAUACAUAUUACAAAAAAAAGCAAAGAAAAAAUGCCAAAAAUAAAACCCACAAAAUUCAUUUGAAGCAAUGAAACAGGUUACUGAGCACUUGGCCCAGGUAUUCAAACAUCCAUAAUAUCACUGUAUUUUGGAAUUACCUAGUAGCCCCAAUCUCAGGACUUACCAAAGGUUCUGGGAGUUUUGAGCAUUUAGCAUAGCUGACUACAAUUUGUUUUUACCACUCAAGAAGGAAAAGCAGGUAGUCUUGUGUCUAAUGAUCUUAAUGCAAAUCCCAAUUACAUUGCAUGUAACUUAAAGUUUCAACUACACUAUAAAUUUAUCUUUUUGGAAAAGUCCCUAUCAUGAAAUCAUAUUUUAUCACAUUGGAAAAAUAAGCUCAGGAACUGUAGCAGCAGGGAGUUCUAACAUGAAAUAUAUUACAUUACAGGGGUGCCCCACUCCGCCUGGCCUAGGGCUUUGCUUGGUUGGGCCUGUUCUUUCAAAUUAUACCACCAGCAGUAUCUUUUAGGCUCACUUCAAGAAGCAGGUAACUCCCAAGCCAUGGUGGAAUUAACACAUGGGAUUGUAUAAUCAAGAUUUUAAGUUAAGCUUUAGAAUUCAUUAUUUCUGAGGGAUGGAAAUGACCAAGUAAUAAUAAUAGGCGAAAGAAUUGAGAGAGAAAGUAUCUAUUUUCUCUCAUGACAUAUUCUGAAACAUGUUUUGGUUACAAACCGAAUUUUCAUUUUUUAAAAAAUGAAACUUGGUGAUAUUUAAAAUCUAGACUUACCAUGUUGCUAUUUCACUUUCAUUGCUUUAGUUGCUUAAUAUUUAAGCUUUGCUUCAUGCUUUUGUCUGUAUUUCAAAUCUUCACAAGCCUAUUUUGUUUCGUAGACUUGAAUGACAAAACUUGUUUUUCAUCAUGAGUAUGCUCAGAGUUAAAUGUCAAAGAAUGUUGUGUAACAUUUAUCCAAUAAAGUCUUUGAUUUUUUUAAAGUUUAGUUAUUUAAAAACUAUGUUUACUUUUAAAGGAUUUUUUUUUAAUUACAGUUAUGCAGAGGCAGAAACAGACAAACUCACCAUUCAUUUGCUGGUUCACACCCCAAAUGCCUGCAACAGCCAAAGCUGGUUCAGGCCUCCUGGGUGGGUGAAAGGGACCCAAGUACUUGAGCCACAAUAUGCUGCUUCCCAGGUACGUUAGCAGGAAGCUGUAUAAAAAGCAGAGGAGCUGGAACUCAAACCAGCACUCUGAUAUGGGAUGCAGGAUCCCAAGUGGUAGCUUAAUCUGCUGUGAUGCUUUGUGAUUUGUGUAGAGGAAGAACAGUUUACUUAGGACCCUGUGUGCAAACAUAACUUCUUAUCUGAUGGAAAUAGCCUAUCCUUCUGAACUGGAUAUAAUUAAACAUCUAAUAAUGGGUUUAUUUUAAAGAGUCCUGCCCUUAAUGGAUAAAUGAAAAGUCCGUAACAUCCAACAGAACCAAGGAACACUUGAAAAGUUAGUCGCUUAAAACCUGUCACACAGUUGGGAGUAUUGGUACUGACCCAGAAGCAUAGGUCAGUAUAGUGGUUUUUUUUUUUUUUUUUCUUUUUUUUUCCCCCAUUUCAGUAAAGCAGUACCUCAGAAGGCUGCAUGUUAUUCAAGAGUAUACAUGGACUCUCUACUUUCAAGCAUUCUCCUGUUUCACUUUAUUUGGAUGUACAAAGGAGGCCACUGAAAUCUGUCCCCUCCCCCAAUUUUCUAAGCAAUGAAAACUGAUGACAGAACCAGGAAAGGUGAAUGAGCCAUGUGCAUUUUAUCUAGCAAGACCUACCUGAGACCUGUACCAUUCCCAAUCCUGCUGUGUAAAUGUUAGUAUUUUUAUAGACACAAUUCCUACAAGGUACAGGAACAAGUGACAGAACAGAUACAUGUGAUGCUAGUCUUCAGAGAAGGAAGUCUUAAGUUCAGAUCCAUAGAACUGUAUGGGCUGUACUGUUCCUCUUAGACACACUGGGUCUAUCACCACAAAUACCGACUUCAGAGAAAACCUGUUUUCAUGCUUUUAUACCUAGUUCCUCCUUUUUGCUCUUCCAAACUUAGCUUCCGGGGCUGAAGAAUAUCAUUCAGGAAUUACUGUGCUAAAGGAAGAGCGAGCUUGAGAGAGCACAGAUAACAGGGCCAGGGGCUCCUUAACUUUUCAUUCUAUGUGGUGUCUCAGGUUUGUACUCUGCUCUUGGGGCAUUAUUAGAUUUUUCUCUUUAAAGAUCUUUCUUGGUGCCAGUGCUUUGGUGUCUACUGGGCACCAGUUCAAGUCCUGGCUGCUCCCUGCUGAUGGCCCAAGUGCUUGGUCCCCUGCACUCUUGUGGGAGACCCUGAAGAAAGAAGCUCCUGGCUUCUGAUCAGCCCAGCUCCAGCUGUUGUGGCCAUUUGGGGAGUGUAACAGUGGAUGGAAGACUUCUUUCUCUCUCUCCUUCUCUCUAUAACCCUGCCUCUGAAAUAAAUUGUUGUUUAAAAAAAGUCUUUCUGCAGGAGAUUAAAGCUGCCAUUAACUUGCACAGCUGCCUCAACAGCCCUCUUAGAUCUCCUAUCAUAGCCUUCCUCUGACAUUCCAAGUUCUGCAGUUUGUGAAACGCAGGAUUUGCAUGCCUGCUUUGCUCUUGGGGUCAGACAACUCUUGUAAAAAUAUGAGCAUAUAAAAAAACUUCAGGAUUUUUCAGGAGGUAGAAUUAAGACCUAAGUUCAUUUUGGUGCUAAAAUUUCUGAAGUCCAUGCAUACAAGAAGGUCUUUAAAAUGUUCUUGUAUGGACUGACAGUGUGGCGCCAGUUCCACUUCUGGCUGCUUCACAUCCAUUCCAGCUCCCUGCCUUAAGAUGGCCCAACUGGUUGGGCCUCUGCCAUCCAAAUGGGAGAGCCUGAAGAAGAUCCUGGCUUUAGCCUGGCGCAGCCCCACUCACAGUGGCCAUUUGAGGAGUGAGCCUCUCUCUCUAUAGCUCUGCCUUUUAAUUAAAUAAAUAAAUCUGGGGAAAAAAGAGUUCAUGUAAAACUGUAUGGAUUAAAACAUUUUGUGCACCAAAAUAAACAUACCUUUUCUUUGUUUUUCCAGAGACUUAAGGCCCCAUGUACAUCUUCCAAUUGGGUUUACUGACUUAACUGCCCGCUCCCCCUCUGUCUGGUCAGUGAAAUCCCUCUAAAGAAUCCCUGUGUUUGGGCUGGCGCCACGGCUCACUUGGCUAAUCCUCUGCCUGCGGCGCCAGCACCCUGGGUUCUAGUCCCAUUUGGGGUGCCAGAUUCUGUCCCAUUGCUCCUCUUCCAUUCCAGCUCUCUGCUGUGGCCUGGGAGUGCAGUGGGGGAUGGCCCAAUUCCUUGGGUCCUGCACCUGCAUGGGAGACCAGGAGAAGCACCUGGCUCCUGGCUUUGGAUCAGUGCGGUGCACCGGCUGCAGCAGGCAUUGCGGGGUGAACCAGUGGAAAAGGAAGACCUUUCUCUCUGUCCACUCUGCCUGUCCAAAAAAAAAAAAAAAAAAAAUCCAAGAUAACUUAAAGACCAGGAGUCUAAUGCUCACUGGCAAGGUUGAAUGCUCUAUAUCUGAGGACAUUCUGCUUGGCUGCACAAACGACUCCUUCAGAUGAUCUAUUUCUUCGACUCACUGUUGAGAAACCCUAGCUGAGCCCUCCAAAUCUGCCAGAAUUGCACACUUUCCUGAAUAAACACCACUGCACAAAGCUGCAGUAACUAGGACCAGAGUGUCUACGGUACACAGGGUAAACCCAGAUGAAUUCACUAGCCUCGAUUACCUGAGCCCAGGCUGUUGUUUCACUGCCUCCUACUGCAUUGUUUGGAACAUAGUCAUCCUAGACUUCUAAGCUAACAUGAAUUGCUGUUGGGGCCGGCGCUGUGGCAUAGCAGGUAAAGACACCACCUGCAAUGCUGGCAUCCCAUAUACGCACUGGUUUGAGUCCCUGCUGCUCUACUUCCGAUCCAGCUAUUAUGGCCUGGGAAAGCGGCAGAAGAUGGCCCAAGUCCUUGUGCCCCUGCACCCAUGUGGGAGUCCUGGAAGAAGCUCCUGGCUCUUGGUUUCAGAUCAGCCCAGCUCUGGCUGUUGUGGCCACUUGGGGAGUGAACCAGCAGAUGGAAGACUCUGUCUCUCUCUCUGCAACUGAUUUUUAAAUACAUAUUUUUUUAAAAACAUGAAUUGCUUGCUGUGUCUUAAAAUUCAUGGAUUUUUUUUAAUAUAAAGAUGAUACUGGUUAGCAAAGGAGACGGGCACUAAAGAAAGCACAGAAUCUGGAGAUGGGUAGUGGCUGGUGAGGACUGGUCACAGUGAGGCCCCUUUUGUUGUCCUGCAAUAGCAACUCAGCAGCCUCUGGCAGAAUGGUAGGUGCUCACACUGUGAAGAACACAUGCAGGGGUACUUGAACAGUUUGUGGAAAUGCACAUUAUUGAGAACAUGCAUCAGCUGGUUUACUCGCAGUGCUCCAGUGUCUAGAACUGCCUGGGGCUGAAGCUGAGAACUGCAAAUUUAAAUCAGGGCUCCCA